GCCACCGUAUCCUUUACCCAUGACCCAUCUCAGUCGAGCUCGAGCAGGAGAUGGAGGUGGAGGCGACAGGCGACAUGCAUGUAGCCCACCCCUCCUGCUGCCAUCCACAACUUUCUCAGGAAUCCAUCGCCCAUAGCUCUCGCUCGCCUCAAUCGAUCCCCAAGACCAAGAUUUGUUCCGAUCCUCCCUUUAUAUCUUGCGACCUACCUGCCUCCGUCCGGCUCCUCCAUCGCUGGCAGCAGUGAAGAAGUGACAGUGAGCUGUAGCUGUCCUGGUUGGGCGAAAGGAAUGGAGGAGCGGGAGGAGGCUACGACCGCGAGGAGGGCGGAGCUUCAGCUGCUGCAGCAGCUGGACAAGGAGGAGAUCAAGGGGAAGAGGAAGCGCGGCCGGGUGGAGCUGCGGCGGAUCGAGGACCGGACCAGCCGGCAGGUGCGCUUCUCCAAGCGGCGGAGCGGGCUGUUCAAGAAGGCCUACGAGCUCUCCGUGCUCUGCGACGCCCAGGUCGCGCUCAUCGUCUUCUCCCCCGCCGGCCGCCUCUACGAGUUCGCCUCCUCCGGCUCCAGCAUUGAAGAAAUUUUUGGUCGAUACUGGGACCUUGCCAACACAAUAAAUGACCUCAAUAUUGAAGCACGAGAUUCAACAGUUGACUGCAAUACACAGAAUAAGGAGCAGCAGUCAUCUGUCAGCUCUUUACCUAAUCAGCUGAAUAUCAUUGCUCAAUGGGGCAUGGAAGCAAAUGCGGAGGAGAUGAGCAUGACUGAGAUAAGAAACUUGGAGGAAACAGUUACCGACGCACUGGCCGCUAUCAGGAAUAAACUGAGGAUGAAGGUGGUUGGGUUGCCCCAAACCUAAGAUUAGGUCUGGAACUAGAUUUUGCUGCAGGAAAAAGGAGGAGAAGCCCUCUGAACACUUUCAUCAGCUGGUGUGCGUGUUGAUACUUUCAUUCAGUACUGCAAGUUGCCCACGUACAGCAACCGUCUAACUUUCUCACCGUGUGUGUGCUUGCACAAAACGUGGAAAAGAUGAUGAUACGUGUAACAACCCACUCUACGUAUAAGUAGUACUUUGUUGAUUGAAAGAAUAAUCCGGCAAUAUUCCAUUUGAGUGGGUGUUGUGAAGAACACAUCUUGCGCCUGUUGUUUUAUUGCUUGUAGUCAUGUACGUUAUUUAUUUAAUUUAUCGGUUUGCAUUGUAUCA